AUGAGCGCCCUGACGUCGAACGGAAAGCGGGUUGUAAUCAUAACGGGAGCUGCCGAGGGCAUUGGGCGAAGCAUCGCGCUUAGGCUUGCGAAGGACGGCUUCGACUUGGGCCUAUUCGAUCUGCCUAGGGCGAAAGACCGACUGGAGGAGGUCGUACAUGAGGUGCAGAGCGAGCAUAAGACGCGGGUCGUGACCAUGUUUGGGGACGUUUCGAAGGAGGACGACGUCCAACGACUAGUUGAGACGGUCGUGCAGGAGCUUGGGGAGCUCUACGCGAUGAUCGCGAACGCGGGUGUGGCGAUCAAUCGUGUCCUGCAUGAAACGCCCACCGAGGAGCUUGAUCGACUACUCAACAUCAAUGUCAAAGGGGUGUUCUUCUCGUACAAGUAUGCAGCGAUUCAGCUCAUCAAGCAAGGCAAAGGCGGGCGUAUCAUCGGCGCAGCGUCCGUUGCCAGCAAGAAGGGACUCCCGGAACAUGCUGUGUACUGCGCGACGAAGUUCGCCGUCCGGGGUCUGACUCAAUCCGCCGCGCUGGACUACGGCAAAUACGGAAUCACGGUGAAUGCAUAUGCCCCUGGUGCUAUCGAUACUUCGCUUCUCAAUGACCUCGAUGAAUACCACGUGAACGUCGACGGACAGCCGAAGGGUGCAUGGAAGAACUCGUUCCAGAGCCCGCUUGGACGGAUCGGGCAGCCGGAGGACGUCGCCAAGCUCGUGUCUUUCCUAGUCUCCGACGAAGCCUCCUACAUAACCGGACAAUCUUACCUCGUCGACGGAGGGUUGCAUUUCGAUUGA